AACGUGGUGCACCUUCAAUGUCAGUGUUUUGGAAUUUUCGCUCUUUGGCUGCUGGUUCCUAUAUUCACUAAUGGACUGACAUCAGCCAGUCGAGAUGCUGCUUAAAGAUCUUCCCAGAGAGGCCCUGAUGCGGCCGCUGUCCAGGAAUGAGGUGGUGGGCAUGUUGUUGAGGUUGACCAUCUUUGGUGCAGCGACCUACUUCAGCAUCAAAUGGGUUGUAGACGCUAUGGACCCUACCUCCAAACAGAAAAGCCAAGCCAAGAAAAGGGCAGAACAACUGAUGAAGAGAAUUGGUGUUGAAGGCGUCAAACUAACAGAGUAUGAGAUGAACAUUGCAUCUCAACUAGUUGAUCCCCAAACUAUGAAGGUGACCUGGAGAGAUAUAGCAGGACUGGAUGAGGUUGUCAAUGAGCUGCAAGACACAGUCAUCCUGCCCUUUCAGAAGAGACACCUUUUAGCUGGAUCCAAACUCUUUCAGCCUCCUAAAGGUGUUCUAUUAUUUGGUCCUCCGGGAUGUGGAAAGACCAUGAUCGCCAAGGCAACAGCCAAAGCCUCAGGCUGCAAGUUUAUUAACCUUCAGGCCUCCACACUGACAGACAUGUGGUACGGCGAAUCACAGAAGCUGACUGCUGCUGUCUUCUCAUUGGCAGCAAAAAUCCAGCCCUGCAUCAUCUUCAUUGAUGAGAUUGAGUCCUUUCUGAGGAACCGUUCCAGCCUGGACCAUGAGGCCACAGCCAUGAUGAAAGCCCAAUUCAUGAGCCUAUGGGACGGCCUGGAUACUUCCUCAACCACCCAGGUGAUGGUGAUGGGAGCUACUAACAGGCCACAGGAUGUGGAUCCAGCCAUUUUACGCAGGAUGCCCACCACUUUUCAUGUUGGCCUGCCAAAUACAAGACAAAGACAGGACAUCCUCAGGCUGAUUUUAGCAGGAGAAAACCUGAGCAAUGCCAUUAAUCUGAAGGAGAUUGCGGAGAAGACGGAGGGUUACUCUGGCAGUGACCUCCGGGAGCUUUGCCGCGAUGCUGCCAUGUACCGAGUCCGGGACUAUGUCCGCAAGGAACAAAUGAGGCAGAUCGCUCAGCAGCUACAGGACUGCCAAGAGGAAGAAAAACCUGUGGAUGAGGAGCGGUUGCGGCCGAUCACCCAGCUGGACCUCCUUUUCGGCCUGGACAAGAUGAAGGAAUCUAAGCGGGCCACAGUCUCCAUGUUACCCAGUGUGUCAGAGGUACCCCUCGACUAAACACCAACACUGCACCACAACGGAAAUAUUUAUCUUCUUACUUUUUUGUUUCAACUCACCAAGCAGAGGCUCCACCAACAUGUCAGGGGUGCAUUUGGAAAGGGCAUAAAUCAGCCAUUCUUUUUGUUGAAGUGUAAUUAUCCGUGCAAAGUUUGUUCUGAGCAUGCUCACUUUCAGCACAACCCGUCUACAAGUGUACAGUCACAAUACUUUCAGAAAUUGAGUGUCUCCCACUGGCCACUGACUUAGAGCCAGUGUCUUACUCCAGGGCGCCAUAAAAAAAUAAACAUUUUGAAUACAUCUGAAGUAACUGCUAGUAAUACUACAAACUACUCUUCUACACCACUGUUACGUUCCAAAUACUGUCCCAACACUGACUUACACACGAUCAUGAGCAAAAGGGAUUAAGCUCCAUGACUCAUGAUUCACAAGUUGGGGCUCUAGACCAGUAAUCCCUUGAGGUUUGCUGCUUGAUUUUGAAAUCAACACCAAAACAACCCCACCUCUUAUCUGUUGUCUUCUUUCUCUGAACUAGGCUAAGAUUGCUUUGUCCUGGUGGAGGUACGGUUACGGUUUUGACUUUUUUGAAAGCUGACAAGUACAUUGGAUGUCAUCACUAUUUGCUUUCCAUGAUCAUUCACAUAGUUGAUCAACAACAUUAUUUUUUAUGUUUGUUUGAUUGCAUAUUUGCUUUUUCAAGUAAGAUAGGAUGUAUUUGACCAGCAUGAGGUUUGACAGAAAACUGCAAUAAUGCGAUACUCAUCAUGUAAUGAGUUACUGCUCCCAAGGAGUACAAAUUUCCAAAAAAAUUCACAUACGAUAAGAUAUAAAAGUAAAAUGCAUGUUUUUAGAUGUGAAGUGAGCACUGCUGUAGAUGCUGUGUAGUCACGAUAAGUCUGACAAUAAAAAGGAAGACACCUUAAAUUGGUCUAUCUUGUCAACAAGAGACCUCAUUUCACUGGUCCUUUUUUGGACCUGAUGGUACAGAUUCAAACUUGUUCAUCACUUUUCAGUACAUUAGGGCAGAAUUAUUUCAUUUUAGAUUAAUAAAAAAUGUAAAUAAUCACAAUGUAAGCUUGAAUUGAGUUUUGAAGUACUUGCAGCAAAGACGCCUUUCUCAGAGCUCUCAGUUAAUAAGUGUAGACAAAAGCAGAUAACAAAACACACAUUCAGUAAACAACAGCCAGGUAGAGAUGGUGUAACCACUUAAACCUUGUAAAGAAACCACAGCCAUAAUCACCUGAACCACCAUACUACUUGUGGCUGUAAUAAUACCUGAUUUACCACUUCUCAGUCUGCAGCUAUUAGCAGAUGUAUUAUAGGAAUUGUGAUGUGUGCAUGUUUGUGUAUGUGGAAGCAAAAUGCUGCAAUUGAAGUUACCCAAUCCAAUCAUUGGUCUUCAGUGCAUUUAGUGCUGCUUUAUAAUGCAAAGUCAUUGCACUUAAUAUUUUUUUCCACCCAAAACAACAAUAGCUGUUACCUCUUCAUUUUCACAUCUUUCUGGUGUUUUUCACAGAGUUAUUUCAGUGUCUAAUUAAUUGUCCCAUUAUCAUUAUUCGUGAGUCUCCAUUGUUUCACUUUGAAUGUUUUUAAAAAGGAACCUUUUAUGUCUUGUCCCGUAAAUCGAUCAAUGUCUGUUGCUACAAUACCCAUCAGGGUUUUUCUAUGUCAGUUACUUUUAUUCUCACUUUAUGGGGAGCAUGGCUUUAAAAUUCAAAUACGUUCAAUCAGCUGUCAGUCUGAAGUUGUUGUGACUUGCUUUUCUGACUCCCUCAGUAUAAAAAGCCUCAUUAUUCGCCACAUGGUCACAGCAUGUGUUCGUGGGUCUCAUACAGACCUUCCUCCCACUCAGUCUGAGCAAGCGGUGGCGAAGCGGUCAGUCAACCAUGACCACGUGGUGGCACUGCAGCUUCACAGUCCUGCUGCGGAGGCAGGUGUAAGAGCCUGAGUAAUGGACUGCUCACAUGACGAGCAGUUUUAUAGCACUGUGGUGAGAUUAUGAAAUAGACGACCCUGCAUACUGGAUUGUUUUUCCCUUAUUGGUUCAUUCAGUGAUAUUUGGGCAUCUGUUGCUCUUCAUUCCAUUUUUUCGGUGACAGUUAAAGGUCAGAAUGUUUCUAUGUAAACCAUCGAUUGUGUUGCUGCAGCUUACAGGUCUUAGUUCCCUUUCUUUGAGACAGCCAACGCCAUUUCUCAAUUCAAAUAUCACCUAUCAGGUCAUUUCUAUGAAUUCUAUGACUAUUAUAAGUUACUGACUUACUGUUAAUUACACUGUCAAAUAUGUUUAUGUGUUGAAUAUUGUAUGAAAACUAUGUACUGUAAAGUGUAUUUAUUAAAUU